UUUACAUAAGUUCCCGGAUGCGGCUCUCAUGUUCGAUCUUUCGAGAAGCUGUACUGUGGAGGGAGAGGCAGCACUGUAGCGGGUCAGCGCCGAGAACAUCGCAGCGAGGGUAAAAGUGUUUUUUAUAAAUCAAUUUGUCCCAACUGAACACUUUUUAAAAAAUGGUGGUAGAAACUGGAUACUAUGACACUUUGGGAGUAAAACCAAAUGCCUCCCAGGAAGAACUGAAAAAAGCCUACAGAAAGCUUGCUUUGAAGUACCAUCCAGAUAAGAAUCCUAAUGAAGGUGAAAAGUUCAAACAGAUUUCCCAGGCUUAUGAAGUACUCUCUGAUGCCAAGAAGAGAGACUUGUAUGACAAGGGGGGUGAACAGGCCAUAAAAGAGGGAGGCACGGGAUGCAGUGGUUUUGGAUCACCAAUGGACAUAUUUGAUAUGUUCUUUGGUGGAGGAGGAAGGAUGCAGAGGGAACGAAGAGGUAAAAAUGUAGUCCAUCAGCUGUCUGUAUCGCUGGAAGACCUUUAUAAUGGAGCAACAAGAAAAUUGGCAUUGCAGAAAAAUACAAUCUGUGACAAAUGUGAAGGCCGUGGUGGUAGAAAGGGAGCUGUGGAAUGCUGCCCAAACUGCAGAGGUUCUGGUAUGCAGAUUAGAAUCCAUCAAAUAGGACCAGGGAUGGUCCAGCAGAUUCAGUCUGUAUGCCCAGAGUGCCAAGGACAGGGGGAGAGAAUUAAUCCAAAGGACCGGUGUAAGAGUUGCACUGGCCGAAAGAUUGUCAGAGAGAAGAAGAUACUUGAAGUUCAUAUUGAUAAAGGAAUGAAGGAUGGUCAGAAAAUCACAUUUACUGGUGAAGGAGACCAAGAACCAGGGCUUGAACCAGGGGACAUUAUCAUUGUAUUGGACCAGAAGGACCAUGCUGUAUUUACAAGGAGAGGGGAAGACCUUCUGAUGCAUAUGGAAAUAGAGCUUGUGGAGGCUUUGUGUGGGUUUCAGAAACCCAUAGUGACAUUGGACUCCAGGACAAUAAUUAUUACAUCUCACCCUGGUCAGAUUGUUAAACAUGGCGAUAUUAAAUGUGUUUUGAAUGAAGGUAUGCCCAUCUAUCGCAGGCCAUAUGAAAAAGGACGCCUUAUUGUUGAAUUCCAAGUUAACUUUCCGUCUAGUGGCUUCAUUUCCCCAGAUAAACUGUCUUUGUUGGAAAAACUGCUACCAUCGAGAAAAGUAAUGGAAGAGUCUGAAGAGAUGGAGCAAGUUGAGCUUAUGGACUUCGAUCCAUCCCAGCAGAGGCGUUCACAUUACAAUGGUGAAGCAUAUCAUGAUGAUGAUGAUGACCACACCCACCCAAGAGGUGGCGUUCAGUGCCAGACCUCUUAGGCCAAACCAGUGAAGGUUUUUGUUACUGCUUCAACAACUUGAUGCUAGAAGAAGGGGAUGAAAAUGUAGUGCAAUGUUUAGGGGGCUUGAUAGCCACUCUGCAAGCAUUCAAUUCUGUCCUGAAGAUGUGAAAAAACCACUGUAGAGCAAUAUAUUAGGCUUCUACAGUACUGAAACUCAAAUGAACCUAUGUUUGUUUUGUAAAGGCUAACAGACUCUUAACCCAGUGCACCAUCUACCUGUUUUAAUACCCAUCCCCCCCACCCCAAUAUUUAUCAAUGGAAACUAUUGACAAAUUAUGUAACUGUUCUUGUUCAGCUUUUGUUCCUUGAAUUCCAGCGUGUUCACACAUUUCAUUUGUGUAUAAAUGUUAGUACAUUAACGGCAUGCUAAUUUCUUACACACACACAUCUGCAUAGGCUUUCAAUGCUGCAGAGGUGUGGUGGUUUGACCAUUAAAAUUCCUUGCUGUAUUUAUACACCCGUUUCCAGUAGAUAAAUUAUUGAUUUGUACUUGUGCAUUCGACCCUUUUACAAUGCCCUUAAUUUACCUGUUGUAGUUUUCUGAAUAGAUCAUGCUACAUUUACUUGUUUUGGGACCACUAACAUUUGCAGUUAGUGAGGUGAAGACUAUGUACAUGCUUCAUGUAGGUUAACAUGUUGCACUGUAUUAAUAAAAUUCUAAAUGUUAAAUUA